AACCCUACUCUCUUGAAGAAAAAAAAAAUCAAUCGAAAGGAUCCGUUUGUAAGGCAAGCCUGCUCUCCCCUGCUUCCCAACCCCACCCUCAGACAAAAGUAUCAAGUUAUCUCUCUCUCUGUAAUUUCUCAAUCUUGCAAAAAUGGCUGCGUUAAGCUCCGUGGUUGGAAGCAGCAGCGUCCCUCAAAUCCAAUCUUUAAAACAGAGAGACACUCAUCCCAGAAGACGCCUUAAUUCGCUCCUCUCUCUGCCUCCUCGUUCUCACCCUUUGACCCGACUCCAUCUCAACCAUCUUUCCACCAGAACCAGGUACCCACUUGAACUUGGUCAUGGCAGAUUAGCGAAUCACAGAAAGAAGAAUAAUGCUUGGAAGCAUCAUUCUUCCAUGCUUGGUGAACCAGUGACUGAAGCACCUUUUUUAGGACAGACCGCCUGCUUUAGUUGCUCCCUCAACCGCAGAAUAACUCGUCCCACUUUCAAAAGAUCUAUACCAUGGGCCUUUCAUGACAAAUCUACUUUUCAUCUCUCCAAGCAUGGUCUUGGCAAUACUUCUGUGAAGUUUGAUCAUAUUCCGCGAGCAACUGUUGGUCCAGAUGAGCCACAUGCAGCAAAUACAGCCUGGCCAGAUGGUGUUCUUGAAAAACAAGAUUUAGAUAUAUCUUAUCCUGAGAGAGAACAACUAAAUUUGGAUGGGUUCUUAAGUUCUGAACUCCCGUCUCACCCAAAGUUGUAUCGAGGACAACUAAAAAAUGGAUUGCGAUAUCUUAUUUUACCAAAUAAAGUACCUCCAAAUAGGUUUGAAGCGCAUAUGGAAGUUCAUGCUGGAUCAAUUGAGGAGGAGGAUGAUGAGCAAGGAAUUGCCCAUAUGAUUGAACAUGUUGCUUUCCUUGGAAGUAAGAAGCGUGAGAAACUUCUUGGAACAGGAGCCCGAUCUAAUGCUUAUACUGAUUUCCACCAUACAGUGUUCCACAUCCAUUCUCCAACUAGCACAAAGGACUCUGAUGGAGAUCUGCUUCCAUCUGUGCUGGAUGCUCUGAACGAGAUAGCGUUCCACCCAAAAUUUCUUUCUUCUAGAGUUGAAAAGGAACGUCGUGCUAUACUUUCAGAACUCCAGAUGAUGAAUACAAUAGAGUAUCGUGUUGAUUGUCAGUUGUUACAACACCUGCAUUCUGAAAAUAAGCUGAGCAAAAGGUUCCCAAUCGGAUUAGAAGAGCAGAUUAAGAAAUGGGAUGCAGAUAAAAUAAGAAAAUUUCAUGAGCAUUGGUACUUCCCUGCAAAUGCAACCUUGUACAUAGUGGGGGAUAUUGAUAACAUCUCAAAGACAGUUGACCAGAUUGAAGCUAUCUUUGGGCAGACUGGCCUAGAAAAUGAGCCAGUUUCUGCACCUGGUCCUAGUGCAUUUGGUGCCAUGGCUAGUUUUCUUGUUCCUAAGCUCUCAGCUGGGCUUGCUGGAAGUUUAUCUAAUGAAAAAUCAUCUAGUUCUUUAGAUCAAUCUAAAAUUUUAAAGAAAGAGAGGCAUGCAGUUCGUCCUCCAGUGAAGCAUAAUUGGUCUCUCCCUGGAAGCAGCAUCGAUGUGAAGCUUCCACAGAUAUUCCAGCACGAGCUGCUACAAAACUUCUCAAUCAAUUUCUUCUGCAAGAUUCCAGUGAACAAGGUUCAAACAUACAGUGAUUUGCGAAAUGUUUUGAUGAAGAGAAUAUUUCUAUCUGCCUUACAUUUCCGAAUCAAUACAAGAUACAAGAGUUCAAAUCCGCCCUUCACUUCAAUUGAAUUGGACCAUAGUGAUUCUGGAAGGGAAGGAUGCACUGUCACUACUCUUACAGUAAGUGCUGAACCGAAGAAUUGGCAGAGUGCAAUUAGGGUGGCUGUCCAAGAGGUUCGAAGGCUGAAAGAGUUUGGUGUCACCAAGGGAGAAUUGACACGCUAUAUGGAUGCACUGUUAAAAGAUAGUGAACACCUAGCAGCUAUGAUAGAUAAUGUGUCAUCCGUAGAUAAUUUGGAUUUUAUUAUGGAGAGUGAUGCACUGGGCCAUACAGUGAUGGAUCAGAUACAAGGACAUGAGAGCUUGGUAGCUGUUGCUGGAACAGUUACACUUGAAGAGGUAAAUUCUGUUGGUGCUAAGGUGUUGGAGUAUAUUGCUGAUUUUGGAAAAGCCACUGCACCCCUUCCUGCAGCGAUUGUAGCAUGUGUUCCCAAGAAAGUGCAUGUUGAAGGAAUGGGUGAAACUGAGUUCAAGAUAUCCCCAAAUGAGAUUACAGAUGCUAUGAAAGCUGGAUUAGAGGAACCCAUUGAGGCUGAGCCUGAGCUUGAGGUGCCAAAAGAGUUGAUUACUUCAUCACAGUUACAGGAGUUAAGGCUCCAACGAAGACCAUCAUUUAUUCCUUUAAGUCAAGAAACGAAUGCCACAAAAGUGCAUGACAAGGAAACGGGGAUCACUCAAUGCCGUCUUUCAAACGGAAUUCCCAUUAAUUACAAGAUUUCUCGUACUGAAGCCCAAGGAGGUGUAAUGAGGCUUAUAGUUGGUGGGGGGCGAGCAACUGAAAGCUCUGAGUCAAAAGGAGCUGUUGUUGUGGGUGUUCGAACUCUUAGUGAAGGAGGUCGUGUUGGCAACUUUUCAAGGGAGCAGGUAGAACUUUUCUGUGUGAAUCAUCUGAUAAAUUGCUCUUUGGAGUCUACAGAGGAGUUCAUUUGUAUGGAGUUCCGUUUUACAUUAAGAGAUAAUGGGAUGCGUGCGGCUUUCCAGUUACUUCAUAUGGUGCUGGAGCAUAGUGUCUGGCUCGAAGACGCAUUUGAUAGAGCGAGACAGUUAUAUUUGUCAUAUUACCGGUCCAUUCCGAAAAGCUUAGAGCGGUCAACUGCUCACAAACUCAUGUUAGCAAUGUUGGAUGGAGAUGAGCGUUUUGUUGAGCCUACACCAAAUUCUCUACAAAAUUUGACAUUGCAAUCUGUGAAGGAUGCAGUGAUGAAUCAGUUUGUUGGAAAUAACAUGGAGGUGAGUAUUGUUGGGGACUUCUCGGAGGAGGAGAUUGAGUCUUGUAUUCUUGAUUACCUGGGCACAGUUGGAGCACCAAGAAAUUCUGAGAGUACACAUGAAUUCAGGCCAAUCCUCUUUCGACCAUCUCCAUCUGAUUUGCAGUUUCAGCAAGUAUUCUUGAAAGACACCGAUGAGAGAGCAUGUGCAUAUAUUGCCGGCCCAGCACCAAACCGUUGGGGUCUUACAGUUGAUGGCAAAGACCUGUUAAAGUCAAUUAGUAAUAUUUCAACAGCUGAAGUUGCACAGUCAAAAUCCGAAGAACUGCACUUGGAGGGGACAGAUUUGGAGAAAGAAAUGCAAAGAAAACUUCGUGGUCAUCCACUUUUCUUUGGCAUCACUAUGGGGUUGCUGGCCGAGGUCAUAAAUUCUAGGCUUUUUACAUCCGUCCGGGAUUCUCUUGGGCUGACAUAUGAUGUAUCAUUCGAAUUAAAUCUAUUUGAUAGGCUUAAGCUUGGAUGGUAUGUAAUAUCAGUAACGUCAACUCCAGGGAAGGUACAUAAAGCUGUUGAGGCAUGCAAGAGUGUUCUCAGAGGUUUGCAUGGCAACCAGAUUACUCCAAGGGAGUUGGAUAGGGCUAAACGGACCCUUCUCAUGAGACAUGAAGCUGAAAUCAAGUCAAAUGCCUAUUGGCUUGGAUUGUUAGCCCACUUGCAAGCUUCUUCUGUUCCAAGGAAGGACAUAUCAUGCAUCAAAGAUCUUACAUCACUAUAUGAAGCUGCCAGUAUCGAGGACAUAUACCUUGCUUAUGACCAGUUGAAAGUAGAUGAGAAUUCUUUGUAUUCGUGUAUUGGGGUUGCUGGGGCUCAGGCUGGUGAGGAAAUUACUAGUGAGGAUGGAUCAGGUGAAGGUUUUCCUGGAGUUCUUCCUGUGGGACGUGGUUUAUCGACAAUGACACGGCCUACAACAUGACCAUGCAAAUUACUCUGUUGUCUUGUAUUGGAUUGCUAUUGAGGCUAGAAGGAUCUUUAGGAAUUCGGCACUAAAUUUGAUUUCUUGAUGAGAUCUUGAAGGGUUCUUGAAUAAGGAUUGAUUUUUAAGGGCUCAGAUUUGCUUGCCAAAAAAACGAGUGUCCAUCAGAUUGGCAUAGACGCAUAGUGAAAAGCUCACAUUGCUUGAUGCCUUGAUGUCUUGAUGUGAAGAUCCUUUUACUGAAGUUGUUGGUGGAAUUUGCUCAUUGCCUUGGGCCUUGGACGUUCAAACAGUCCAAAGUAGUAAGCCUAUACAUCAAGUUGAUUGAUCGUUACAUGCAUAAUAAAAUCUUGUCCUAAUCAAUUUUGCUAUUUAUUUUUAUCAGUAGUUGAAAAGCAUUGGUACUGAUUAUUUAUUGAUACAAUGUAAUUAUUAGAUGAGGAAACAAAAAAUGUAUAGCUUUUAUAGUAUACAGAAGCCAGCAGCUGGUUUUUUGGCUUGA